UACGUUCUGCAGACACGCGCAAUGAUAGCCGGAAGCAUCGAUGGGAGGAAAAUAAAAAUCGAUAAAAGCCAGUGUAAUUCGCGAGUGUAAAAAAAAAUCUCCUACUUGCUGUCCUUUCUCUGACCACAGGCUCGAGUUCCUGCGUGUUUUUAUCUCACCGCCGUGCCGGAGGGGACGACAGACGGCAGAAAACCCGCUCCGUUUGUGCGAAGUUGCUCGGUGGGGGUUUAUAGCUGACGUGUGGAGAAGUUGAGACUGCUGGAGCGCAGAUAAACAAACAUAAACAAGCAGGGGUCAGUUGAGAGCCUGUUCGAACCGAACCAGUAGCUCGGGGAGAUGGCAGGGACAGCCAAACCCCGGUUUUGAGCCCGGGAAUGAUCCGCAGGAGACGGUGACUUCCACUGAGACUUGCUUCUUCAUGUCAACUGUCAACACUGGCAACACAAAAGAAUUUGGAAAACACGAGGAGCAGCCACAGGCUUUAGGAGGAAAUCCACUGCUCCACUUACUGUUGUCCACAUACAGCGACGUUAGCAUGGCCGGCCAAUGAGUUCACCUUUCAGGUUUCAGCUGGGAGCAAACGAAAACGUAUAGUUCAAGGAGGCAGAGGUUUGCUGAUCUGUGGCCCCUGGGUGUCACAAGUGGAAUGAACAUGGCCCAUCAGGCAACCCCUAGUUCUCAGAAGGCCCUGAUGAUGGAGCUGAAGUCCCUGCAGGAGCAGCCGGUGGAGGGCUUCCGCAUCACCCUGGUAGAGGAGUCUGACCUCUACAACUGGGAAGUGGCCAUCUUCGGACCGCCCAAUACUCUAUAUGAAGGAGGCUACUUCAAGGCUCACAUCAAGUUCCCAGUUGACUACCCAUACUCCCCUCCUACGUUUCGCUUCCUCACCAAGAUGUGGCACCCAAAUAUUUACGAGAACGGAGAUGUGUGCAUCUCCAUUUUGCACCCUCCGGUCGACGACCCCCAGAGCGGGGAGCUGCCGUCUGAGAGGUGGAACCCCACCCAGAACAUAAGGACGAUCCUGCUCAGUGUGAUCUCUCUGCUCAACGAGCCCAACACCUUCUCGCCAGCCAAUGUAGACGCCUCGGUCAUGUUUCGCAAAUGGAGGGACAGCAAAGGCAAAGAUAAAGAGUAUGCAGAGAUUAUAAGGAAGCAGGUGUUGUCAACGGCGGCGGAGGCUGAGCGGGACGGCGUGAAGGUGCCGACCACGCUGGCCGAGUACUGCGUCCAGACCCGGGUCCCCUCUCAGGACAGCAGCUCCGACCUGCUCUACGACGACCUCUACGACGACGACAUGGAGGAGGAGGACGAGGACGAAGACGAGAGCGAGAUGGAGUCCGUGGGCGAGGCCGGGGCCAUCAGCUGCCUGGAGGACGGUGGGACGUCCACCAGGCGCUACGACAACCAGGACGACUCUGGCAACGAAGACUCAUGAUGAUCUGGACGAUAAAUCCUCCCUGCCAAUUUAG